AUGGGAAAAAGAAAAAAUAAAUAACUAGACGAAGAUCGUAUCGUGCCUCGUCGUAGAAUAAAAAAAAAUUAGGAAGAAGAAAAUGGUAACAAAAAUCAAUUGAAUGCUGUUAAAGAAGAGGAAGAAAUCAUCAGCGAAGAUGAAUCUAUUAAUAGUGAUUAACUUGAAGAAUUGAUAGAAUUCGAAGAAUAAGCAUAAUCACAAGAAAAGUCUAAAAAAUAAAAGUUCCUAGAAAAAUUUAACAUUCAGGAAACAAAUGAAGUGGAUGAGCAAAGUCAAGCCAAACGUUUAGCUAAAAUACCAAAUAAAAUUAACAUCAUUUAAAACCAAAGCUAGAUUGCUUCUGCUUUCAAUAGCCAUUUUGAUAAGGAUUUCAAGGAGUUGCUCUCAACUGAUAUUGAAGAAAUUAUCAAAGAGAAAGUAGAAAAGAAAUCAUAAAAAGAAAUUGUCAGAGAUAAAAUGAAGGAGAUAUUUAAUAUAGGUAAUGACGGCAAUAGUGAAGAAAUUAACCCAUACAAGAAACAUGAAGAGCAAAAAAGAAAGGAAAAAGAAAUGUUUAAGGAUUUUAAAGACCCUGUUAAAGAAGCCUUAAAUAAUAAAGUAGAAAUUAAGGAAUAUGGAAUCAAAAAGCAACUUCGUGAAAAGAAAAAUUACUCAGUUGAAAAUGUAGACGAAUAUUAUAUAGACUCAUUAGCAUAAAAAUAUGUCAAAGAAGGGUUAAAUUGCAGUACAGAAAAUUUAGACCAGUCAAUAAAUUUGGGUGACCUUACAAAUUCCUAACUUAUACAAUUUGGUAUCAUAAACAACUACCAUGAUUUGGUCUUCAUUGAUUAAGAUGAAAAGAGAAAUGAAUCAUUCAGAAAGCUUUACUGCUCUCAUAUUAUGAACCACAUGACUAAAGUCCCUUUGUAAAAAGAUUUUGUAGAAGAAUUAGCUUAAAAGGAAGCAUUAGAAAAAUUAAAAAAUAGCAAAAAAGCAGCUACUACUGCUCUAGUAAACAAUGAAGAAGAUGAUAUAGACUGUAAGAAAAAUAAAGGUUAUACAAACUGCAAGAUUUUAAUCAUCACCCCUUUCAAGGGAGAUGCUGCCACUAUUAUUAAUGAAUUAUUAAGCAUUUAUGGAGAAAGUAAGCUCAAGAAAAAAUCUAAUAAGCAGAGAUUUAUAGAAGAGUAUGAAAACCCUGAUAGAUUGGAUGAAGACGACUUCAGAAUUGGUAUUAGCAUAACAAAUAAAGGUUUGAAAUUAUUUACUCCUUUUGAACACUGUGAUAUAAUUAUUACAAGUUUGGUUGGUCUCCGUUUGGCAACUGGAGAGAAAGGUGAUAAAGAUAGAAACUUUUCUUUCUUGAGCAGUGUUGAAAUUCUUGUUAUUGAUAGAGCCCAUGUUCUUUAUAAUUAAAAUUGGUUGCACAUGAGUGAAUUAAUGAGUCUUUUUAAUCAAAUUCCAAAGCACAAGCACGUCACCAACAAUAUUCACUAGAUUAGAGAAUACUAUUUCGAAAAUCUUGCUAAGUUCUAUAGACAAACUAUUGUCUACACCGAAUUUAAUUUCCCUGAGCUUAAUUCAAUCAAGAAUAGAUUUAUGAAUAAUUAUAAAGGAUGUUUCCAAAUUAAACCUUAUUAUUAAUAACUUCCUCAUCCUAAGAUCAAUCAAGAAUUUAUUAAGUUUGAUAUUAAUAAUAUUCAAAACGAAAUGGAUGAAAGAAUAGAGUUUUUCAAGAAGAAAAUAUGGGAUGAUUGGAAUAAAGAAGAAAUGGAUGGAAGUGUAAUAUUCGUCAGCUCAUAUUUUGAAUAUGUCAAGUUAAAGUCAAUGUUCGUUAAGCAAAAUGCUCCAGUCUUUGGUAUCUGUGAAUAUACAAAGAAAAGAGAUGUUCAAAAAAGAAUAGCUUAAUUUAAAAAUGGUACUCUUCCUUAUUUGAUGCAAACUGAAAGAGCCUACUUCUUUGAUGUAGGUUCCAUCAGAGGAAUGAAAAACAUCCUCUUCUUCUCAUUACCCAAAAAUUCUUAUAUCUACUAAGAAAUGCUAAGUUAUUUGCACCCUGAAUCUCUCAAGCACUCAAAAUGCAAAGUAGUCUCAUUAUUUAAUAAGUACGAUGCAUUUGCUCUUGAAAGAAUUGUUGGCACAGAAAAUGCCAAAGAAUUUCUUGCUGAUUAUAAUAAAGCUACAUCAUUUGUUUUGUGA